GCCUUCCGAAACGAUGAGUGCGAGUGACGAGGGACGAGUCAUAUUUAAUAGUAGUCUUUCUUCUCUUCGCUUCUCGUAGAAAAGGCUUAAGAGCUUUGCAGCUUGGAUUUAUUUAUUUUAAAAGCGGCACUCAAAUGACAAUACACGUCAUUAGCAAAUCGAUGACGAAUAGUGUGACGUAUGUCGACACACCGCCUUUCAAAGAACAUCGAGUGAGAAAAGCACCCAAUAGCCCCGCAACAUCAGCUGAAGACAUUCGUACAAUCGUACCCCACAACCAAUGAGCAGCCGCCCAGAGUCAACUUUGUAUGCAAAGACACCUGUCAUACAAACGCACUUUUCAGAUCAUCCAUUCCCAUUCAUCGAAAGGCUGACGGCAGAUGCUCGUUGUCGUCCUUGAUUGCUGCUGCUCAGUUGAAAUCCGUCUUGUGCCACAGAUUGAUCCUUUUUCGUUCUGAUUGCAGCUUGUAGUAGAGCAGCUUGCUAGAGAGCUACAGGGACACCAAAAGGACAAGGCAAUCAUCCGUAACCAUAUGUCACUUUCUAUCGAUACUGUACUGAUCAAUAUAUCAAUCCCACAACUUCUUGAAAGAGCACGAAGGCCACCGCCUAAGGAUAGAUAACUCUUUGUCUGUGUGAGUCCGGAAGGUUGCUGAUAUUACCAUGAUGAGGUUCUCUCAGGCAGCGCUAUGUGCGCUUGUAUGCGCCUGGUCGAUCGUCAUCACUACAGUCCAUGGCUUUGGUAGCUCUUCGACUCGUCAAUCCGCGGUGAUGGUGCUGCGGGAAUCCUUCUUUGGUCUUCCCGCGGCGGCGCCAGAGAUCCGUGGCGGUCACAGUAGUAGUACCAGGCUGCGCAUGUCGUUUGAUCCUUGGGGAAGGCGCGGAAACAACGAUGACAAUGGCAUGAACUUGAAAGGAUUGCAACCAGAUCAGGGGAAUGGAAGAGGGAACUCACUCUUUCCUGCCGCAUUCACGGAACAGCCCAGCAGUUUGUCCUCCUUGACGCCAGAUCAGGAUGAUAGUGUACGCUUUGAUAGCACCAUUGUUCCCCCAGGUCGAAACUCCAACUGGAACAAUAACAAUCGACGGACGGCCAACAACAACAACAAUAUCGACUACCUUCGAGCCAAUCAAUUGGCCGCCGAUCAGGUGACCUCUGUUCAGCGGAACAGUACCAUCUUCGCACCGGGCGCACCAGGAUCCCCCCGAGGCAACAUCUAUCAAACGAAGCAACAACAAUAUCGGGGUCCCAUGACCACCGCCACAACCAUCAAGACGAACAAAUCACCCAAGGGCGUAUCCGGCUUUUUUCAGAGAAACAACAAUAACAACCGCAAACAGCAACCACAAGUAUACUCUGAAGAUGUCAACUAUCCGUCGGAUAACUACAAUGUUGACCGGCAGCUGCGGCUCGACCCAGAUGAUCCCUUCUCCAGGGGGUCGUCCUACAAGAAUGCCAUUCGCUAUGACGACAGCAAGACACAGUAUCGGAGCAAUGCCAAAACGUCAAACACUAAUAAGAGAUCAGGAGGUUUCUUCCAGUUUGGAAGAUCCCAACAACAACAACAAGUCAAGAAGAAUUCCAACCAAAAGGGAAAUUCUGUCUAUCUACUCCCACCUGCCCAGGCGGAAAAAGCGGUCGUCAAUCAAGCACAGAGUUUUGGUCCGGGAUUCCCCGCCAACGUUACAAGAUCGAACCCCAUGUCCAACGCCGGGGCUAUGCGAGCGGAUCAGGAUGAUGUCAAGACGGCACGACCCUUGGGAUAUGUAGAACCAGUUCGUGUAGAACGAGCGGAUAGUCGGAACGCCACGCUAGGAGGAACCCGAGCGGGUGUGUAUCAGCCAGGGUUUGGACAAGGCAAAGUGCUCAACAGAGGAGGAGGAAGAUAUGGUUUGUACGAGCAAGCAAUCCGAACGGAUGGGUAUCAGCAGCAGCAACGACAGCAACAACAGCGAGGCAACCAGAAACGUGGAUAUCGACAGCAAGCAGGCGGUGGAGGUGGAGGCAGAAUGGGAGGCAACAAUAAUCAAGGAGGAAGGAGAAUGGAUCCAAGAGGCAACGGUUACUAUAAUUAUGAGUAUCAAGAGAAUCAACGAACUUUUUGGAAUGGCGUUGGCGCCGUGACGUUGGCAACAGCAGCAGCGGUACCUUUGGCACUACAAACCUUACCUCCAGAGAGUUUUCGAGAUCCCUUGGUCAAGCAGUUCCCUCAAUAUAAACAACAAAUCGAUAAAAUUGCCAAGUACCGAUGGGACAUCAAGUUGCCAACAUCCUACACAAUGUCGGAAUACAACUUUCCCACUGCUGAGGAAGUACGGCGGCAAAUGGACCGUGCGGGUCUAUCCCAAGACAAGUUGAAAGGUUCAAUCUCUGAUGGAACGGAGCGGCUCGACUCGUUUUUGCAGAAAAUGAACAAGGACGCUGGCAUGAGUGAUUCGUUCUCUAAAAGUGGAGAGAAAGUGGAUUCUCUGAUGGACAAAUUGAGUAAAAGCACGGCCGAGAAGGAUCUGGGCAAGCUAGGAGCGGCAGCAGGAACAGCCGCUGCAAUCAAGAGCGUUGCCCCACCACCAACGCCUGCUGUCCCAGCGGUCCCCGCCAGCCCUCCCAAAUUGGAGACACCCAAGGCAAAAGACGCCGAUGCUCCUCCAAAGAAGGCAGAGCCAGAAGUGAAAGCAAAAGAAGCCCCGAAACCUGCACCAGCACCACCGAAGGAAGAAGUGAAAGCAAAGGAAGCCCCAGCACCGGCACCGCCAAAGAAGGAAGAAGUGAAAGCAGAAGCUCCGAAACCUGCACCAGCGCCUAAAGAAGAAGUAAAGGCUCCAGCACCUGCACCACAGCCAAAGAAGGAAGAAGUCAAAGCCGCAGCAGCAACUCCAGUGGUACAAAAGGUCACCAACGCUGCUCCAGCAAGCAAGACGGAUGAUGCCUCUCGUGAAGCCACCCUGAAGGAGAUCGAGAGGAUUCGAGCUCAGCUUCAGAUGAUUGAGGAAAAGCGGAAAGCUCUGAAACCCGUCAAUGACGCCGUGCUGGAUGAAACUGACAUAUGGCGACCGCGGUAUGUCGGAGAACCCGAAAUAAGACAACAACAAGAACCAUCCCAGUUCGGAGGCUUCGAUUCGAGUCUCUUUUAGCCGACGACCUGUAUUGCACACACAAAAGAAGGAAUGCAUGACGAAUGGGCCAUUGCCCCAGCGGAGCCGGCCGCAAGUAAGCUUGAAUGGAUGAUUACAAUACGCACAAAUAAAGUAUACAGAUUGCAAAUGUUGUCUUUUU